CUGCGCACGCGCAGUACGUCACGGCGGGACGGACGCCGAGACGGAGCGCCCCCGACACCUGACGUCAUCAGGCUACGCGCGCGCCGCCGCCGCCGGGAGUGGGCAAUAUGGCGGCCCUGGUAACACGGCUCUGCCGGGUCCCCGGAACUGCCGCCGGGCCCCUCCGCCUCCUCCGAGCCGGCCCCGCCCGCCCCGCCGCCGCGCUCGCUGUCCCGCCCCACGGCGCCCCCGGACCGCCGCUGGGCCUGGGCCUGGGCCUGGGCUGGGAGGCGGGGAGCGGGAGGCGGCCGCUGAGCUUCUCCGCGGCGGGGCUGGUGAGCUCGGCCCCCGGCCCGCUGCAGCCCUACCUGCGGCUCAUGAGGCUGGACAAGCCCAUCGGAACGUGGCUGUUGUAUUUGCCGUGCACAUGGAGUAUAGGCUUGGCAGCAGAGCCAGGCUGUUUUCCAGACUGGUAUAUGCUGUCACUGUUUGGUACUGGAGCGGUCCUGAUGCGUGGAGCAGGCUGCACAAUUAAUGACAUGUGGGAUCGGGACUAUGACAAAAAGGUUUUAAGAACAGCAAAUCGACCAAUAGCUGUUGGAGAUAUCUCAACUUUUCAGUCCUUCGUUUUUCUUGGGGGACAGCUUAGCUUGGCUUUGUGUGUCCUUCUGUGUCUAAAUUACUAUAGUAUUGCCCUAGGAGCAGCCUCUCUGUCUCUUGUGAUCACUUAUCCCCUGAUGAAGAGAAUCACAUAUUGGCCACAGUUGGUUUUGGGACUUACGUUUAAUUGGGGAGCCUUACUUGGGUGGUCUGCCAUCAAAGGUUCAUGUGAUUGGUCCGUGUGUUUGCCUCUGUACUUCUCUGGAGUUAUGUGGACGUUGAUAUAUGACACCAUCUAUGCACAUCAGGAUAAAAAAGAUGACAUGGUCAUUGGUGUGAAAUCAACAGCACUACGGUUCAAUGAAAACACAAAGCAGUGGCUCAGUGGCUUCAGUGUUGCAAUGCUCGUGGGUCUGAGUGUGGCAGGAAUAAACUGUGAUCAGACUUUCCUCUAUUACACAGCUGUGGCUACCAUCAGUGCUCACUUAGCUCACCAGGGUUGUGAGGUGCAUUGGGGUGAUGUGAAGAAGCUUGCACAUCUGAUACUGGAGCUGUAUUCUAUGGAUAGAUUUCAUUCUCUCUGACUGCUGGCCUGGCAUCUUUCAUGAGCACUAAAUUCCCUCUUUCUAAUUGUGCAAAUAUUGAAUGGCCAGAAUUCCCUUACAUGGCAGUCGGCACAGCAUGAGAACUUCUGUUCUCCAGACCAGGUAGGCUUGGAUAUUUGAGAAUGAAAACAUAAGACUCUGUGCGGAGGGCAGUAUAGAACAGUUAUCAAGAACAACGUAACCGAUCAUUUGUCCCUGUGCCCAGUACAGCAAAUGUAUACGCAGAAGUGAUAUUAGGAAGGUAUUUAGGUAUUCAACUGUCUUUAGUUUGGUAGCUGUUAUGAUCUUUUUCAAAAAGCUAAUUGCAGUCGUCUUUUGCUAUUCAUUCAGUCCUCUUUCAUCUCUUUUCCCAUGUGCCCUCCUCUUGCACUUGCUUCUCUGUUGCUUGGUCAUCAUCCUGUUUUGUACCCUGAACAUCCCACUGGCAGCUCAUGUUUUCUCUCAUCAUUUUAAGUAGCAGUGGCCCACAGUGGAGGCAACUAGGCUGGCUAAACCUUAUUUCCAGCUGCUGUUGCAGGUCUCCUGGGAGUUUUCUUUGGAUGACAAUUUGAGAACCCCUUUCCUGUGAACUCUUGUAUUCUUAUGUGUGUGUUUGUAUUGAAUCUUUGAGCCAGAUUUUUAAAUGUACAGAUAAUACACUGUGCACCUAUUGUCUGUAUCUUUUGGUGCUUAAAUACCUUGAAAAAUCUGGUCCUUAGUAUCCAUACAUGUUACUCAUUCUCUGUACCUUUCUGAUAUAUCUUCAUCCAUUUGUCAAGCGCAUUUAGGCAGACCUCUGUGUCUGUAUCUAAUCCAGUGGAGGCACCGAAGUUAGCCUGUGUGGAGCUCGUUGUGAGUCCCUUGAGGUAGGGACGUGUGUCUUUUCUGAAGUGUCUGGCAUGUUUGUGGUACUAUAG